CAUCGCCCAUCCCAGCAGCAUAACUCAGUGGGUUAGGCCUAAAUAUUUAUAUAGAGGGGAACAACAUCACUUACAACACAUUCAUUCACUUAAGAGAGAGAACUCUGUGAACUUCCCCAUUGGCAAGUUCACAAUAUUUUGCAAGUUUUGCCACAACUUUUAUUUUACAACUUUAUAUUUUCUUGUGACCACCACCAUGGGCUUUUUGACUGCUCUUUUCGGUGUGACACUUGUUGCUUUGAGUCAAAUCUUUGGAAGAUACCAUGUUAAUGGUGAGUAAAGCUGUUCAAAUGUAUUUUCUAAUAAAUCAUGUUUUAUACUAGAUUCAUUAUGAUUAAUUAUGAAAUAAAAUGAAACGAAGUUUUGCUAUAAAAAUAAUAGUCUAACAUUAAUAUGUUAUUUUUAAAUGUUAUUCAAAGUUUUGUAUCAUUCAAAAUGGACAGUAAAAAAUUGAAUAAUGAACAUAAACCAACUAAAGCCAUAGUUUUGCUUGCUUGAUACUGAUAAUUCUAUAUUUACAGAGUGCAGGUGCACAUGCUGUUACUACAGCUUAAUAAUAAUGUAUGUAUUAAAGGCAAACAGUUAGCUACUUCAUCACUGGUUGGCAUUAGUAUACAGAACUGCAUGUUUAUGGAUUCCAAAGUAAUUUUAAUGUCUCAUUUAGGCUACUUUAGUAUACUUUAUAUAUUAUUAUUAUAUUAAAACAAUAUGAGAGAUGUGUAAGUGAUGAGUUCGAAAACCUAUAAACAAAACUCUAUGAUUGUGCAACAGCAGGUCUCUACUCUCCUGUCUAAAUUGGGGGAUUAGAUGCUGAUGAAGUGUAUUGUUUGUGGAGAGAGAGUUCAGCCAGGUCUGGCUAUGACUGAUCUGGUCCAUUCAGCCCACUUUGAUGUAGAGUAGACAGAGUCCUGAAUAUUGUACAAGUGGGCCAGAGCCAUAUACUUAUAUUAUGGCCUGAAGUCAACUGAAGUGGGCUAUUUGUAUUUCCAGGAGGCCAUUGUAUACAUUCAAGUGUGUCUACUUUAAGUAUGUCAAUCAUGUGAAGUCAUGUAUGUUAAGUAUGUAGAAAAACUCAAACUAGACAUGUUAUUGUGUUUGUUGUGGUGUGUUCAGCGGGGAUGUGCUGGCUGCAGCAGAGCCAGGAGCAGCGCUGUGACAUGGUGCUGAUGCGCGGGGUCAGCAGAGAGGAAUGCUGCGCCAGGGGCCGUCUGGACACGGCCUGGUCCAACACCAGUCUGCCCAUCAACGAGGUCAGCCUGCUGGGCUUCCUGGGAAUCGUGUCCUGCAAACUCUGCAAAGGUAACAACACACUACAGUUCCCACAAUGACCUGCAGUGAACCAACUGUGUCAAAAUGACAGUAUCAGUCAACCCUUUCAUUAAUGAGGGUGUUUUGCUUUUUCUCAAACUAUUUGACUUAAAAGUAGAUGCUGAUUUAUUUUGAUUAUGAUUCCCUACUAUAACAAUCCUUGACUUUUUAUCAUUUUAUCACAAACCACCAUCCCUGGUAGUGUCCAAAAGGUACCUCAGACAAGUUAGAUGGUUUUAGCUUCUCCAUAUGGUCCCCUCUGUUGUCAACCUCUGAAAUGCAAGAUUGGGUGCAGGUCUUCAUUUGUCACUGUGGGAAAAUGUAGUCACUGAUAAGCAGUGGCAGAUCUAAAACGAGUAACAGCUGCUCACAGGUGGCACCAAAACCUCAUUACCCUUGUGCUCCUCUCAAAACAUUUUUCAUACUGCCACAUUUCAUUUAGAUGUGUUGGAGCAUAUUUGGAUGAAUUAAAGAUAGAUUAUAUUUAAUAGAUAGCAACAUAACUGACAAUGAAUGAAGCAAAGAAGUUAAGGGGCCACAUUUUGAGUAUAGUUCCAAAUGGUAGCUCAUUUGGCCAUAACCACACCACCUGUCUUCUUCUUGGGAUAACUUUGAUCCAUGUGGAAUUUCCAAGCUAAAUCGAUUUCCAGAGGUCUCUUAAACGUUUUUUGAAAACCUAGCUGUGGAUCUGGGCCAGGCGUUCCAUCUAACUCUGUCCAGCUGUUUUGAGUCACUUCCACUAUUGGAAGCCUUGGCCAGGUAUUCAGGUUCACUCAAGGAUAUUUAUUCCUGUUUUUAGAAACUAAGGUUGUGGAGGCACCUGAACAUGUGCAUGUGAUCUCUGGACAGGGUAUAGUGGAUUAUUUUAAGCCAUGUCGGGAUGGCCCCGUGUAGCUCAGUUGGUAGAGCAUGGCGCUUGCAACACCAGGGUUGUGGGUUUGAUUCCUACAGGGGGUCAGUGUGAAAAAUAAAAAUGUAUACACUCACUAACUUUAAGUUGCUCUGGAUAAGAGCGUCUGCUAAAUGACUAAAAUGUAAAAAUGUAAUGAUUAGUGUCAGCAAGGCUGAAGCCUUUAGCAGCUACCAAAUACCAAUUGAAUCCUAGUUUCAAAAUGUAGUAGCAUCCCUGCCAACGAGUGUAUGAUGGAUGAUGUUUUCUUCUUUCAAUGGAGAUUAAGGCUAUUCCUAGCAUGCUGUUUAUUACCUAAACGGUAUCAGCCAAAUCAACAGCAGCAUUAGAAUGACAAGGAAAUAAUGAAAUGUUCUCAUUAAUAACAAGAUGCUUCAAUGAUAAGUGUAUGAACUCAAGUGAUCCAGAAUGAGAAGCAGACACGUUAUGAAAGACAAGCUAUAAAAUUCAAUCAUUUAGCUGCAUUUGUAUAUCUCUAUCGAGAGGCUGGUCUAUCACUUGGAACUGUUCACUAAUAUAUCUCUUCAAAGUUGUAGUGCAAAUGAAUGAAAUUGAACAAAUCUAAUAAAUGGGCAAUAACCUUCCUCCGCAUCCCUCCUCCCUCCUCUAAUUCACUCUGCAUGAAUUAUUUCCCAAUGCUGGCUGGGACACAGGCCUGGUUGCCUCCCCUCAGAGAAAAAAAUGAAUUCCUGUUUACCACAGGAGAAAUGUCUGCCACAUGCCCAGACGUCUGUUCCUCAUAAUGUGGAGCACUAUCUGGAUCAUUAGUCAGACUGAAAGAACAGAACUACAGCAUCAAUGUAUAUGUGAUACUGUGGGGAAGUGCUGUUCUAUUAUCAUAGCACUCCCUGUCAGACUCAGACUGAACCUCCACAGUUGGUCCUCUGGGGGCUACUGAUUUCCAGUGUUUCAAAGCAUUCCUGGGUGUUGACUAGCGCUCCAUGUCUGGCCUAUUUUUCAAUCUGCAUUGAUUUGUGAAAACGUAUAAAAUCAUAACAGGCUGCCAGUAAACCGGACCAAAACAUCACAGAAAAAGGGAACUGCUUGGAUUCGCUGGAAGGGAGGGGGACAAAUCUGAUACUUGUGUGAGAAACCCAGAGGUAGCAGAGUUGGCCUCUUUGGAGAUGGAGAAUAACAGGAUAUUAAAGCAAGUGCUCGCAGAGAAAGGCAAUAAAGUCCUGCUUUUCUACCGGAUCUCAGGGAUCAGGGCCGAACAUCACUCUGUAUCAGGAUCAAACGGGUCCCGAGAAGCCUGUUGAAAAGUGGCGAUGGUAUCUGUGUUGUUUUAGGGUUACAGUACUAGGAUACUUCCUAUUGACCUGGCUGGGCCUUGGACAGUCUACUAGUGUCCGUUUAGCCUGCGUUUCCUCCUGCCACAUCUGUCAGCCUGUAAAGCCCAGUGACAUGCCUUUGAACUGGCUCGGUCUGCUCAAACACCCCUCCAUCCAUCUAUGAGGCUUAGUCCUGCCUUUAUCAUUACAGGGAUCCAUCCCACUGUUAUGGGAACAGGCACAACCUCAGACACAUUCUUACAGACUAGACAUCCUUGAGUAUGACCAUAAACAAAAUAUGUGUUUAUUGUAAAUGUUUUGCUGGAUGAAUCAUGCUGCGGUGAAAUACAAUAUUUUUCAUCCAUUUGUUCUGUUCUGUGGAGAAUGCAUCUUGAGCAUCAGUUGAUCUGGAUCACUUGAUGACAGACCAUUGAAUUUAAGUAAAUGCUUCGACAAUAAUACUGACUUUCUACUCUAUGUUUUGCAGAGACGUGUGAUGGUGUGAAUUGUGGCCCAGGGAAGGUGUGUAAGAUGAUGGCUGGACGUCCUCAAUGUGUGUGCUCUCCUGACUGCACUAACGUCUCCAUAAAACAUGCUGUGUGUGGGAGCGAUGGGAACUCCUACCAUGAUGAGUGUGCCCUAUUGAUGGCCCGCUGUAAGGGACACCCUGAUUUGGAGGUCAUGUACCAGGGAGAAUGCAAAAGUGAGAACACCUGUGCCCUCGAAAUAGUUAUCUUGCAUGUCAGCAAUUUGGUUAUUUCAAAACGUAAUUGUGCUACUGAAGCCAUAUUACACACAUUAUUGGAUACAAAUAAUAAACAUUCCUUUGUAGCGAUACUGGAUCACUAAUGCAUUAUGUGUCCAUGUUCUGUCCAGAGUCGUGCUCCAAUGUGGUGUGCCCGGGUACCCACACCUGUGUGACGGACCAGACUAACAGUGCCCACUGUGUCAUGUGCCGCAUGACCCCCUGCCCAAUACCGCUGAAGUCCGAGGUGCCUAUAUGUGGCAAUGACAACAUCACUUACCCCAGCGCAUGCCACCUCCGCAGAGCCACCUGCUUCCUGGGGCGGUCCAUAGGAGUGCGUCACUAUGGCAACUGCUCUAGUAAGUCCCCUUCACCUUUCCUGAUCUGUCAACACAGCCUAAGUAUAGAAAUGAAUAAACAACCUAAAUCGAUUUUUUCUAAUGUGACUUUAGAUAUUUAGUACUUUUAGUACCGUUGUCUUUUCUUAGCACUUUGCAUUGAUUUGGCAUGUGUUGGCUGUGCUUGAUCAUUUUGUCUUGGGUUCUCUCUCUCAGGUGUUCCGAGGAACACUCUGGAUUUGGAGGGCAGUGAGGAGAAUUCACUCUAGAGGAACAGUUCUGGUGUGGUCCACCUGGUACUACAGUCCACCUGGUACGAAGAUUUCCAAGAGAUCACCUUCGAUAGGGGAACCAGUGUUGUCCCACUGUUCACUCCCCAAGCUCUGAUUGAUGUUGACCUCUUUUUUACAAUCACUUAUCCCCUCCAUCCCUACUACCUGUACAUAGAAUGACGAUACAUUUGAUGUGGGAGAACCUGCUGGAAGUAACCGUUUUUCUUCCAAAAGGAAACCAAUACUGUAUUUGUUGAUGCAUGCAAUGUAUGUUAAAUGGGAUGAUUUGCUCGUAAAACUGUGGAGACAGAUGAAAGGCAUAUAUCUUGAAAAAUAAAUAUGUAGUCGACUUUGAGUAGAGGAAUAUAUGUGUAUAUUGUAAAUAAAUACCGCUACUAUUUAUUGGAGAAGGUAUCAAAUCUGUUAUAUUUAUGUUUUUACCCUGUAUACAAAUCCAUAUAUCCAUAGGUCAGCUUUUACAAAAAAAUGUAUUUAUUGUGUUUUGUUUUUAGGUGUACAUGUAUUUCAAUGGUCACUGGCAUUCUUUUAUUUCAAAGAGUUGUUUUUAUUUUUGUGUUUUUUCAUAUCCCUAAAUGAAGUGCUUUAACCCCCUAAAAGCAGCAUGGCAAGCAACCUCAAUUUGUUUGGAAACUGGAUAGCACAUUUAGAGGAUGACAAAAUGGUUUCCAUUCGCUCUCAGCAAAACAGGGCAACUGCUGUCUGUGUUUCAGUCUUUGUUUGGAGGUGAGGGGAGACUCAGCCAAAACAAAACUAUACAGUAUGUCUCCUCUCGCUCUGCCUGCACAGAGUACGACACUGUUUAUGCUGGAGCCCAAUCAAAACUCUGAGCCACCCACUGAUUACUUAAAUUAACAGUUUAGUUCAGUCUGCAGCAGUUUUAUUAGGCUGUUGGUUCAACCCCAAGCCUUUACAAUACCUCCACUGUUGAAGUCUUGGCUUUGUUUAUUUCAUAUGUUUGUGUGUCAUACGAGUUCAAUAUAAUGCCAUUCGGGUUGUUGAAUACACCAUAAUAGUGGAACUGAAAAAUCGGACAAAUGUUGUUAGCCUUAUCAAAUUGAAAACAGAAUCAAAUUUGUCUGGGAAUGCCAAAUGACCUCAAGUUAACUCACCGGAUCCCCAGACUAUGAAGCUGAAUAUAUCUGUUCAAUGUUGAAAUACUGUCAACCAUUUGAACCAAACGGGCAGAUAGCUAUUUGCAAAUAGCUAUUGGUUAUUUUGAUGUGAAUUAAUAGUGCUGCCCAUUUAUCUAGAUGAUUUCAUUGAUCUUUGGAUUAAAAAAAUAUAUACAUAAGGUUGUUGAACAAUUAAAAGUAGUUUCUUGUAAAUACAACUCCAUUUCAUGUACAUGUACCAGUGUACCUACUGUGAAAUUUGAAUGAUUAUUUUUGUAUUUUUGUACUCAACAUAAACUAUAGUAUUUGUCA